GGUACAUUUUACAAAACUAAUUAUUGUCAUUCAUCAUGAGUAGGUAUUAAAAGACAUAACAAACAAUACCAUAAUUGAAGAUCUUACGGUAAAAGUUUACAUGUUAAAAUAUAAUUAGUAGGCCUAAUGAUAAAUUACACUAGACCACUGUCUAUUCAAAUAGACCAGGAAGAGGACCUCAGCAUUACAAUACCCUCUGAAGAUGAAGACUAUUACAUAUCAAUAGAUCGACACCCUCUCAUUCUUUCAAACAAUGACGUUAACUUCAGCAACAACAAAAGAAGACAUUCUUUGGCAGAAGACUAUCCAGAACAGUCCAAAACGAAUUUUAACAAUAGAUCUAGAUCUAGAUCUUUAUCCUAUUACAGCAAUAAUAAUGUUGAAGACGAGGAGGAAGAGGAAUUGCUAGAGGAGGAAGAGGAAUUGUUAGGGGAGGAAGACACUACCUCGCCUUCCGGUUCGCCUACGUCGUCUGCGUCUACUGGGACAACUAGGUCAUCAGGGUCAUCGUCGUCUACCACCAGCUCUGGAAGACGCAAGAAGAAGAAAAAGCGUCGCGGCUACUUCGCCAAGAUGUGGUACUCGUCACCCGAAGAGCACACCCUGUUAAAAAUAGCUCUAUGGUUUCCUGUUGGGAUUCUCUUGUCCCUAGCAUUGUACUACGCUAUACUCGACGGCAUGGACAUGGAAAUCAAAACGAAACGUUUCCUUGGGGCCGCCAUUGGGAUUAUAGUGUCUCUCUCAUUCGCCUUCAGCAUCCAGAUGCGCUGUGCUAUGACUUUGGUUAUUCCAACAUUGGCCGGAAAGGCUGGUCGAACGUACAUUUCCGCAUUCGCAAUAAUCUACCUGAUCAACGGACCGAUCACUAACAUUUUGAGCAACGGAAAAGAGAUCGUGAGGUCACUCAGCUGUACCGCUUCGCUUCUGGCCAACCACACUAUGACUAAAUGGAAACUGCGCCUGGCCCCAGUCGAGCAUGCGUUUGGUGACGUGGCUAAGGAUGGCUACAUAAUCAAGCGAGUUUCUAAUGCCAUUAAAAGAGCCUUCAAGCCACUGACCAAGGAAGUUCAAGUCGAUGAGGAAGAGACCAAGAAACUGCUGGAAGAGAUCGCCAAGGCCAGAAAGCUGAACUCCAAUGCUUUUAAAGGAAAGACUGACGAGGGAGAAGACGGAGAACCGGACAAGCAAAACAACGAAGCAGACGAGCAAAAUAAGGAGCUAGGUAAAAGGGUCGAAAAAGAUUGGGCGAAAAAGAUGGACCUAAGAUGUGAGGGUGUAUUCAAUAAAGGCUUCAGUAGAUGUGUCGACAAAAUGGGACAAUUAUAUGGGAAAUGUAUUGACAAGCUGUGGAUUGUGGGAUAUCUUCUUUGCUGGCCUUUAAAAAUUACAGGUCUGUGCAAUCUUGUGAAACUUAUACCUGGAGCUUUCGGAAUGAGCUGCAAGGCCGUGAAGGUGGUCUACCCAGGCUUCGGAGAAACUUACAUCGCUGCCAAUGCGGUCAUCGAAGAUAUGGAUAAAGGAAUGGACGUGAAAAUGCAGUACAAGAUUGUCGGGGACUUGGAUGCACUGGACUACACUCCCGUGGAGGAGAUGAGACAGGCGGCUAUACACGAGGUCAGCGCCAAGACGGAUCUGCUCAGAUUUCUCUUCUCCCUUGUGGCCCAAAUUCUGACUUUCGUCUUCCUCCUCGUCUUCAAAAGUGCUUACGAUUACAAUAAGAAAUAUCUGACAGACCUCAACUUUGACAAUAAGUACAUCACUCCCUACUACCGCCACAUUGACGCACGACGUCACGCCGAGGAGAAGAAGACAUUGCUGCCACUGAAGAAAUACGAGACAAAGGAAUUCAUCGAUCCUGCGCAAUUGAAACUAACUGGCGCAGAGAAAAAGCACUUUGCUUCAGCCACCGUCAAACUGCUUGUCAGAGUAUUUAUUAGUGCAAUCAUUUGUUACAUGGAUAGUAUGUUAUAUCAGGUGUUGGAUAUUAUAGCUCGCAACAGUAAAGUUGAGUACCACGAGGAGGGUGAGCACGUGAUCGAUGUGAAGGUAUACGGGACGGGGUUCAUGAGCGAGCUGGUGCGAAACUUUCUGACACGGUUCAAUUCAAAGCAUCAACUGGACCGGCUCACUACCAACCAUGCAUGUCUGCCAAAUCCUUCCAAAACUGACCUGGUUAUCCUGACCUGCCUCUUUCUGACCUAUCUGGUGGUUUGGAUGUUUCUUUAUCUGGAGGCUUUCAGUUUACGUCUGAGGCGAGUCAUCGCUUCCUUUUACUACCGGAAACGUGAAAAGAAGCGCGUCUUGUACCUUUAUAACGAGAUGUUCCGGAAGCGGAUUGGAUAUCUGGGACAGAUGCGCAAGAAAGUGCGCAAAGCUAUAAAAGCUCGAGAGUUACAAAAUAAAGUUGGUGUCAUUGUGGCGUUACAGAGAUAUUUCCCUACGCUGUGUAAGUGUCUAAAAGUCAUCCAGUCAGCCAAGGAGCACUGCGUCAUCUGCAAUGACCCUGAAGACUCAGACUUCCACAUUUGUUCUACCAAAGGUUGCCGACUGGCCUACUGCAAGAACUGUUGGAAAGAUGUCAAGAGGAGGUGUUAUGGGUGUGGGAGGAAUACGGAGACUAAAGACGCUGAUGAGGACACCAGUGACGACACAGACACCUCAGAGAUGAGUGACGCCUCUGACGACAGUGGUAUCUUCAAUGACUGACAAGAUAAGGAUUCUUUUACUAAAGAGACGCACUUAUUGUUAAUAUAUUCCAUGUAGGCCUACUUGUACAUUCAUAUUAAUUUGAUUAGUUAUUACAUUUUUAAAAAUGCGAACAAUGCGAUUUUUUAAUUAAUUUUGUUUUAACAAUUUAUAUAUUUUUUAAUUAAUGAGAAAAAAAUGUUUUCCUA